GAUAACCAGACGAGCAUCAGUUGUUUACUCUUUUUUCUUUGCGAUUCUUAUGAGUUUUUUUCUGUCUGCAGACAGAUUGCAAUCAGGACCUGCAUAAACUGAAUGUAAUAGUUCUCCAUAAACUAGUGAGACAAGAAGACCUUAACCUCAAAAGUUCUUCAUUUGCAGUUUGAUGUAGGGUCGUCAGACCUAAACUUUUCCUCGAUUGACGUUCACUAGAAAACAGGGAUAUGUAUGGAAUAAGCGUCGAUAUUCGUAAAGCCAUUGGAGAUGCAAUUUUGAGUUCACUCACAAGGGUGAUAGAUAAAAUGAAUUACGCUACACUUGCCAUCGUCUGCUUUCUCUUCUCACAUACCAAACCUGAUGACGUUGCCCUCUUGGAGACCACAUACAAUCAACUAUCCGGAGUCUACCAACGCUACCUCAGCAAAAGAGGCGAUUCUGUUCAACCUAUUCCAUGGAAAAGUAUGUCCCAACCAAUAAAUAUGAUGCCCAAGAAACGCAUCUCCAACGAGUAUGACUUCAUCAUAGUAGGCUCAGGUUCCGCUGGUUCAGUUAUUGCUAACAGACUAUCCGAGAUAAGUGACUGGCGAAUAUUGCUUCUAGAAGCAGGAAAAGGAGAAAAUUUAUGGUCUAGACUACCGUUAGCAGCACCUACAAUGGCAUUUACACCUUACAACUGGAACUAUUUGGCAGAGUACCAACAUAACAUGUCUCUUGGUUUCGAACAACAUCGGAUGUUGUGGCCUAGAGGAAAAGCACUUGGUGGUACUAGCGUGAUCAAUUUCAUGAUCUAUACUCGAGGAAAUAAGUGGGACUUUGAACGAUGGGCUGCUCAAGGGAAUCCCGGAUGGUCGUACAAAGACAUACUUAAAUACUACAUGAAAUCCGAAAAUUCGAAAUUGAAAGAAGCUGACUAUCGCUACCACGGUAACAGUGGAUACUGGAGUACGGAAGACAUUUACCGAUCAGAACUGGUACGUAGAUUCGUUGAAGCAGGACAAGAACUUGGUUUGUCUCGAAUCGACUACAACGCGAACGUUGAAUCUUUUGGAAUAUCUCCCAUUCAAGCGAAUGUUGAAAGAGGUCGAAGACACACGGUUGCUAGAGCUUUCUUACACCCAGUGCGCCAAAGACCCAAUCUUCAUAUUCUCACAUCUGCUUUUGUUACAAAGGUUCUGAUUGAUCCAAACACAAAAAGUGUGUACGGUGUGGAAUACGAACGAGGUGGUCGAGUCUACAAAGUGAAAGCAAGCAAAGAAGUGAUCCUUUCGGCUGGAACUUUCAAUUCUGCUCAACUCCUCAUGUUAGCAGGAAUUGGUCCUAAAGAACAUCUCCAGGAACUUGGAAUUCCCCUCCUUCAAGAUCUUCCAGUCGGAAGAAAUUUACACGAUCACUUAACUUUCCCUGGCCUAAGUUUUCUCAUCAAUAGAGAACUCUCCUUGUCUGCAUACCUUUUGCUGAAUUACACUAGCUUCUACGAUUUUUUUGUUAACGGUAAAGGUCCAUACACGAGUCUCGGAGGUGUUGAAGGAAUAGCAUACAUCAAAACGGAGUUAUCUCAAGACAUUCAAGAUAUCCCAGACAUCGAACUACUCUUCAUGGAUGGUUCUUUAAACACUGACUAUGGUCUCUUCAACCGUCGUUGGAUGAAUAUACGUGAUGAUAUCUACAACACCGUUUUUGCACCGACCCACAACAUUCCAUCGUGGACCGUCUUCCCUAUGCUUCUUCACCCAAAAUCUACAGGGUACUUGAAACUGAGGUCGACCAAUCCACGUGAUUAUCCUCUUUUGUACGGGAACUACUUCACUGAUCCCGAACAACAAGACAUUAACACAUUUGUAGCCUCCAUAAGGUACAUCCAAAGGCUAGCGCGGACAAGGGCAUUUCAAGAAAUAGGUUCUCAACUUAACCCAACUCCAAUACCUGGCUGUGACAUGUAUGAUUUUGAUAGUGAUGAUUAUUGGAGAUGUGCACUUCGAUCAAUUAGUGUUACUCUUCAUCAUCAAGUAGGGACUGUUAAGAUGGGGCCUCCACAUGAUCCUACGUCUGUAGUUAAUCAUGAGUUAAAGGUUUAUGGGGUGAAGAGAUUGCGAGUUUCUGAUUGUAGUGUCAUUCCUUUUGCUGUGGGAGCUCAUACGAAUGCUGUAGCGGUCAUGGUGGGCGAAAAAACAGCAGAUAUUAUUAAAGAAAAUUGGGGAAAACCGACAUACUGAAGACUGAUUAUAAGAAUUGUAUAUUUGAGUCAUGAAUUCUAGCAUAAGUAAGGUGUACCUCACAAAAUAUUUUUACAUGAAGAAUACCUAGGCUUUUAUGAAUUUAUAUAAAAGCUUCAGCCUUUUUUUUGUGUUCCACCAAAGCUAAUGUAAGAUGCUCUAGGAAAACUGCAUCGAACAAAUGCGUAAUAAAAUGAUUCUAUUUUUAGUAUUUUUGAUAUUAAAUUGUAGCCAUACUAUCUUUCUCUUUUUGAAUUCCUUAUUUCAAGAAAAAAGUAUUAAGAGCAAAACAUCUAAUACGCCAAGAUGGUUAUAAAAUAUAUGUUAGCUCUGAACUUUGAAAAAAAGUAUGGGACUAACCCCUAUGUUCACUUUUAAACAAUAUACAUCAAUGCAUGCUUGUAUUCUAAACAUGCUAAUAGUCUAAUUCUUUCGAACGAUAACCAUAGAGUCAAAUUUAAGCAUGUACCGAGAAACUGAGAAUACAUUUUUCCCUUGGAUUAUCUGUCACAUAAUUGUAUCAGUGGUGAGAUUGUCACCUCUACCCCUCUCAGAAUAUUUCACUUGUAAUAAGUCUUGUAACGAAGAACACAAUAAACCAUCGA